UUUCUCGCUCGUCGUUCGGCGCGCUUGUGGAUGCUGCGCGUCUUCUGAGCAAAAUGCAGUUUCGCGCGCUUAAACUUUUUGUUUUUGUGCUUGUGCUAUGUAAGUGAUUACUUUUUUGUAUCGUUUGCCUAUUGUAUUUGUCUGGCAAACAAUGCUGUGGCAGCUUUUUUUUAUAAAUCUGCAUGUUUUAUCGAUUUGAAUAAUGCGAUUUCGUGGAUUUGGAACUGUGGUUUAUAUUUCCGAUUCGUAAGUGAUAAAUCAGCAGUGGUAUAGACUGUUAUAUAUUUGUUUGAAGAAUUCGAAAGAAAAUGAGUCACAUCUUCGUGGAUUUUAUUUAUACUUAGUGAUGCAGUAAAUCGUUACUGGGAACUGUUCAGAAUGUGUUGUUAUCUUCUAUGCAGAUUUUUAGCAGUUUAUCUUGUAGAGCUUUAGCGUAUUUUUCAAGCAUAUUAUUCCUGUUUUGAAGAUUCAACGAUUUUGUAUAUCAUAUAGUUUCUUUUGGAGACAGAAUUUACAGUUCGUAUGUGAAAAUAACAAAAGAUGUUCAGGAAUUGGACUCAUAAAAAGCCAAGGUCGGAUAUGUUAAAAUGCGAUUCCUUUCACUUUCGUUCUUAUGUGUGGUGCAAGUGCAGGGAAAUUUUCAUCCGGUAGAAGAACAUCUGGCGGAUAUAAAAGUGGUGGCGGCUUCUCAAGGGGAGGAAGCGGUAGCUCGUGGAAGGGAGGUGGUAGCACAUUUAAGACCGGAACCGUCAGUAAACCUAGUGGUACUUCGUAUGGCACUUCUUACGGCAAUAAGCAUUCGACACAGGACUUUUUGCACCAUGAAUCCAGGCCUGCCUCAACUACAGUUAAUAAAGCGUCUGCUCCACCAUUAUCGACGACCAACACUCAUCACAUGUCUCAGCACACGCCGAUAAACAACAAGCCAUUGAUCCACGAGAACCAUCAACAGUCGAGCGGCGGGCAAUUGCACUCCGACCCUUACUCUCGUCAACCAGCCACGAAUCCCCACAUCCACAAUUCCCCGGGAUACUCCCCUACCGGUGGCAACAAUUUUGGUGGAAGCAAUGUUCACUCGCAAGCUCCAUACCCCACGGGCCAUUCUGGCAAUGUCUACGGCGGCAUUCCACCGCCACCCGGCGGGAUCUCCGUUCCCAAAACUUCAGCUCCGUACCCUAUAGGCGUUCCUAACCAUCCGCACCCCAACCCCAAUAUAGGCAGCUCCUCCUACCCCUCGUCGAACUUGCCCAUCCAUCCUUCGACUCACACCCAACUGAACAACGCUGGACCGCCCCCGCCCUACCAUCAGCAAUACCCCGGCCCGCAGUAUCAGCCCCAUCCCCCACCCUACCAGCAGCAUGCCUCGUCGUACCCGCACUAUAGCCCGCCGCAGUACCAGCCCCACCCCCCGCCCUACCAGCCCGCCACGGUCGCCUUCGUACCCGGUCGCACCGUUUACGUCGACAGCGGCAAGAGUAGCAGACCUGGAAUAGGUUCCAUCAUCGCCGGGGGAGUCGCCGGUGGUGUCGCCGCUGGUGCUACCAACGCUAUCGUCGAUCACGCCAUCAGCAGUAUCUUCAGGCCCAGCUCGAGCCACAUCCACACUUACCCCAGUGCCCCCGUGGUUGGAACGCCAACCGUCACCCAUACGACUAACAAUUACUACUACGGCUCUGGGCCCGACAACAACGCCGGGGCUUCACCGUCGUAUAACAACAACAACAAUCAGCCGCAAGUGGUCGGACAACCUCCACAGACAACGUACGGAGGCCAGUCGUCAGGGCCACAGAGCGGCAACGGCAAUUUCAAUAACGCUCAGCCCAGCCUUGGCAAUCCGAGCGGCGUUACAACUGGCGGAAAUAACGACGGUAGAGCCGCCGACCCUUCGGUGAACAGUAACGGCGUCGUUAGUAGGACACCCGAAGGUCAACCGGCUCCUGCUCCAGUUGAUCCUAAUUUCAUCUCGGACGAGGAUUUGAUGAAGUUCACCGAGGAGCUGUUCGACAAGCAAGAGACAAACUUGGGCCAGUACAUCGAAGAACUGAACCUUCAGAAACGUGUCACCAACAGUGGCCAAGAGACCGUUCCCGAUGAAGCUCCCGAACCACUAUUCAAAAUCAAACCCGAGCUCUGGGAGAAGCCAACCGUGAAAACUCUUAGGGCUCUGUACGACAACUACCAACGCGAUGGAACGAAACCGGAGGUCCUGACUGACGAGAGAAGAAAUGAAGAAGCGGCUUUCCUCGAUGAGGUCGUGAAGACUCCCGUGAUGAGCAAGGCGCUGGAAUGGCUGGUUAACCACAAGUUCGUCGAAUCCGACAACUUCGAACAAAAAGCAGUUCUCAGACGUACGUGGUUCGCUAACUUCGACAACACUUCAUCUGGAUUCGAGCGAAUUUUCCUGUCGGAGAAGUUUGGCGACUCCGGUGUCGUUGGAAUGCAGAACUGGAUCUACUUCGCUCACCUUGAGGCUCAAAACGGUGUCAACUAUCUGGGAUACGUCGAUCAGUUGAACCUGAGUGGAAAAGGCCUGCUAUUAAAGUUGAACUACAAGACCGACGGCUUCACCAUCCAAAACGCAACCAUCUUUGUGGGAACUUCGCCCGAGCUGGAAUUGGCGCUUUACACCAUCUGCUACCACGCGAGGUCCAACAACUGGUGUCCCAUAUCGCUUGGCGGGGCUAAAUUCUUCAUUCUAACGCAUUCCUUCCAAUACCACAAAACUGAAUUGAUUGAUCUAGGAUUCCCCGCUUUCUAGAGUGUACGUCGAUGUCUUUGUUACAUCGUCUGUUCUAUAUUCUGCGAGAUGAAUACACUGUAAUACGUUUAUAAUUUUUUACGAUACUCGUUUGCAAUAUGAGUUUUGAUCCUCCUCAUCGGGAUAAAGUCAAUAUUAUCUGAACGAAAACGUUAUUUACAACAUACGACACAUACAUUACUCUAGUAAAAAAAUCUUUACUGUUUGAUCUGUAUAAAAUAUGACAAUCGUUUAUAUGUUUUUUCACAAUAAAAGAAAUACAAGUUUGUGAAGUGUAAU